GUUGUGACUGCCGUGUAGUUAAAUAUUGUUCCUCAGUUUUGUUUACUGGAAAUUGUGUUUUGUCAAUUUGAGAAUUUUUAAAACAUAUUUUUGUUUAUGAUAAUAGUGUUGAUUUUAUAAUGGAAAAACCCAUUGUAUUUACCAAUCUCCCUCUUUGUGAAGAAUUAUGUCACAUACUAGUUUCAAUUGACCCUUAUGAAAAAAAAGAUAAAUCAGUGAAGUCAGAUUUCCAAUGGCAAUUGUUAAAAACUAGAUUAUUAUUGUAUUCAGAGAGGAACAUAAUAGCAACACCUGCAGCCGGAAUGUUGCGAUACAUACAUAUAAUUUCUACAAAGGAAUACCUAAAUAGUGGUUCUUUAAGUGCUAUAUUUCAAAAGCUUAAAUUGAAGAUUGAAUCGGUUGGAGCCUUGUCACUUCCAAUGUAUGAGCAAUGUCUUAUAUACAAUUUAUUAGUUAAGCUUUCCCCUUUCUGGAAUAAGGUUGAAAAGUAUUUUGUCGAAGGGAGGUACUUUUUGACGCACCGGGGUGCACUUCAUGCAAUUGAAUUAAAUGUAAUUUUGAAAGGUGAUAUGUUGAUGUUAUAUGCUUCACCUUUACGACUUUGGUUGCGUGAAGUAUCAUUAUUUGAUCUUUUAACAUCUUCAAACAUAAAAGAAACUAUAUCAAAACCAUUUUAUAUUGAUUUGCAUUCUGAACGUCAGUGGGUUCAUGUUUUACCCAGCUUCAAAAGAGGCCAUCUAGUUUAUGUGACCAAUCGCAUACCCAAAGACUCAACUUUCGAAGAUUAUCAGCAAAUGCGACGUCAUUGGAAAAACACUUAUGGCUACCGGCUUCCAGAAGAUGAUUCUUCUCCUAUAUAUGUUGGUAUAUCAUUUUUCGGGAAUAAAGAUUUUCUAUAUCCCCUGGAGUGUGUAAGAAGAGGAAUGCAUAUGAAUAUGGAUGAACCUAAUGUUGUUGCAAACUUUGCAAAAGCUGUAUCUUCUAAGGCAGCUCAUGUUUGUGGAAAUAGAAUAAAACUUAGGAAUUUAACAGAGUUACAAAACAUGCCUAAAAUCAAAAUAAGCGAGAGACUUAAAUGGAGCGAGUCAGGAUUAGCUGAAUUAGAUAGUGAAUUAUUGAAUAAAUGGUUAUUCCAAAGUGAUGAAUCUUUGAACUUGACCUUUGAAAGCCAAAACAUUAGUUUGUAUGCGGAACAAGAGCAAUGUGAUAUGCCUGACGACACUAUAGAGGACAAUCCUAACAAAAAACAGGAAUAUGACAACUGGUUGUCCAAGUGUUCACAGUUCAUUGACAAAUUAACACAAGGAGGCCAAAAGAGAAGUUUCCUUAAAGCUAGUAGGCCAAAUUUUAAUGAAAUAAGUAUACAAUCGCCAUUAAAAGUAGAUUCUGAACAGCAGACAUCAUUAUCUACAAUCACAAAAAUGGAAGAAGGCUCUUUUCUUCAUGACAAAGAAUCAGAGCAAAAGCAAACUCCGUUUAAACCAUGUUUCAAUAGUGUCUGUAGCAAAACAGAAUCAUUAGAGUUAUCAGGUAAGCAACAGCAGGAGGUUCAUACAACCAUGAGCAACUGUGAUAAAAUAUUAUUUGAGAAUAAUUUGACGCAUAAAAAUGAAAUAUCUCUUACAAAUGUUGUACCGUCUACUGAUGUUCCAUUUAAGCCAGUAUUUAAGAAAAUAAAGACCAAAGGAGCUGUUAAAUCACUUCAGGAAGAGAAAAAAAAGGUCUCUAGGACGCUAUUGAAAUCAAAAUCAGUGACUUCCAAAAUAUAUAUUAAUUGUAACAUUUUUCAGAAUAAAGGCAAAAUGGACUCAUUUGUAUCUGAAAUGCAAGCAGUUGUGUUUGAAAACAAAAAUGUUAAUAUUAUUAGUGAACACAAUGUGAUUAAAAGAGGGAACACUCCUGCCAGUACACCAAAAGAGGUUAUUAAAAAUAUAUUUCUUAUAAUAUAAUAUAUAUCCAUGCUAUAAGUUUAGUAGUGAAAUUGCUAUACUUACACAUCUGCCUUCUAAACAUCAACAUGAUUAGUUUCAAUAAUUAGUGCAUCAUUUAGAUUAGAAUGUACUUUCAAGUCGAUGUUUUAGUCGAACAAAAGCAAAUUUAUGUGUUUUGUAUCUGAUAUGGAGGUGUUGCCACUAAUGUAUGAAAACAAAAAUGUUGCUAAAGAAAAUGUGAUAAAAAGGUCAAACACUCCCUCCAGUGUUCCACCAAAAGAGG